AUGGCUGAGCCGCGGCAAGUUACGGCCAAGGCGAGAGCGGACCGGACGUACGACACUCCGUUCACUCGGGAAAGUGAGCCAUGGGGAGCCAGGACAUUGGUCUCCGUACAGCCGCACCACCCAGACAUCCCCGCAGUAGAUCAUCGCUCAGACAUAAAAUUUGGGCGAAAACAAACAUUGUCGGUCGUGUCGUAUAACGUUCUCGCGGACUCCAACAGCGUUCGGGUUAGGAACUGCGCCCCGGCCGUGACCAGUUGGGGUCGCCGGCGAGAGGUUCUGCUCAAGGAGAUCUUCAGCGUUCGUGCGGAUGUGCUAUGCCUCCAAGACGUUGACUGCUUCCACCAAUGGUGGAGUCCACAGUUGACCAGUGCCGGGUACGACAGUCUGUUUAAGCAAAGGACCAGUCGAGCGGCGAUGCACCGAGAAGGUGUCGUAAUUGCGUGGAAGCGCGAUGUGUUUGAUCUCUUUCGAAGCGGGGAGAUGGAGCUCAACAGGAGGGGGUAAACACUAGGGCUUCUUUUCUUCUUUUUAUUUCUUUUCAUGCCCCACCUUCCUCCUGCGGUGCGUGCUGAAUUCUGUUUUUAUCGCGAGAAGGGUCCAGCCGUCCCUUCCCCUCGUCAACGGUGCUAACGUCGAAGUUUGGUGCUCACGAGAGCUUUUUAGCUAUAUUUCGCUUUCACCCGCACAUGUCGUAAAUUUUUCACCCCAUGGGGAUUC